AUGGCGGCCAACACUGAGCCCGACCAGGCCCAGGCCACGGCCGUGGUGCCGGCCCCGACUCCGACGCCGGCCCCGUCCAUCGAGGACCAGACCCUUAUCGUCUUUGCCCGCCUGAUGGAGGGCGGCCAGGAGGACAACGAGACGUGCCGCGACCUGGACGAGCUGACCAAGCUGCUCAACGACGACUUCGAGGCCCGCCAGAAGGACCCCGCGUGCGAGUCUAUCUGCAAGCUCAUCGACGGCGACUGCGUCGACACGGUGCUGUGCUACCUCGACAUGAGGCAGCCUGAGAUUGUCCGCGGUCACGCCACCCUCUCGACCUCGGCCUACCUCAAGGCCGCCGGCGACGAGGGCUCCAAGAUGCUGUCGACCUUCUUCUUUGACCGCGUGCGGAGGGGCACCUAUGACGACUACAUUGUCGCCUUCUGCGUCGCCGCGUCGACCUUCCCCAUCGUCCCGGAUCUCACGGCGGGCAUGUUCCUCAACGAGGGCUUCCUGUCCACCCUGGGCCCUCUUAUGAGGAGGAAGUGGAAGAGUCGCAAGGUCGAGACGGCCUGUCUGGAGAUGCUCAACGCCGCCUGCAUGAACUCGCAGUGCCGCGAGGCCAUCAACAAGUACUGCAUUGAGUGGCUCGAGGAGGUGGUCGAUUCGGACCUCAACGAGGUCGUCCGCAGCACAAACGCCGACCCUAACCUGCAGAGUGACGGAGGCUCCGUCUCCAUGCGCCGGCACUCGGAGCAGGUCCAGUAUCUGGCCGCCGUGAUCCUAGCCAAGCUGAGGGCAGUUCCUACUAAAUCCGCACCCGGCGAUGCUAGCCAGUCCAGCAGGAUCGAGCCUGCAGUCACCAGCAUAGAGGAGUUGUCCGAUAUGUUCACCAAGAUGAUCCUGAGAGACGAAGACCACGGCCGUAAGCACUCCAUCGAGGGUCUGGCCUACGCCUCCCUCCAGCCCAAGGUCAAGGAAUCCGUCGCCAACAACGCCGAGCUGCUCAAGAAGCUCGUCAAGACACUCGGCGACGCCCAGCCCAGGUCUCCCACCACCUACGGCGCCCUGAGCAUCUUUGUCAACCUCACCAGGUACUUGCCCAACAUGACGGACGAGGAAAAGAAGAUGAGCCAGCUCAAGGCAUAUGCCAACGCCGCCGGCAAACUGUCCGGCCCCGACCCCCUCGACCGCGACGACAGCGUCGCCCAGCGGUGCAAGAUGGUCUUUGACGCCGGCAUCACCCCCGUCCUCGUAACUCACUGCAAGAACGGCUCGCCCGCCUCCCUGGCCCUCGCCAUCUCCAUCAUCUUCGCCCUCUCCGUCACCAAGACGCUCCGCGGCCAGCUCGCCCAGCAAGGCGCCGUCCGACUCCUCCUCGCCUCGUGGAUGACCCUCCCCCAGACCGAGGCUCCCGCACGCCGCCUCGCCGCCCAUGCGCUCGCUCGCAUCCUCAUCAGCACAAACCCUGCCCUGGUCUUCGGCGGCAACCGCAACAUCCCCGUCACCGCAGCCGUGAGACCUCUCGUGUCCAUUAUCCCCCCUGACCCAGCAGCCGAGACGCGCGACCUGCUCCCCUCAUUCGAGGCCCUCAUGGCCCUGACCAACCUAGCAUCCAUGGAUGACGACGACAUGAGGCGCACCAUCGUCACCACCGCGUGGUCGCACCUCGAAGAGCAGCUCCUUUCCUCAAACGCCCUCGUCUCCAAGGCUGCCGUCGAGCUCGUCUGCAACCUCGUCCAAGCCCCCGAGGCCAUCGCCCUCUACGCCGAGGAAACCGCCAAGGCCCGGAACCGCCUCCACAUCCUCCUCGCCCUCGCCGACGCCGAAGACGCCGGCACCCGCAGCGCUGCCGGCGGCGCCCUCGCAUCCCUGACGUCGUUCGAGUCCGUCGUCCGUGGCGUCCUCCACCGCGACCGUGGCGUCAAGGUCGUCCUCGGCAUGUGCGUCGACGACGACGAGAACAUCCGCCACCGCGGCGUCUUCGUCGUUCUCAACCUCGUGUCUGCCGAGGGCGACACCGGCAAGCUCGCCCGUGAAAAGAUCAAGGACGAGAGCGGCGUCGACGUCCUCAAGGAGUGUCUUAAGAAGAGCCGGCGGCCCGAGGUUCUCGAGGUCACUGUCCAGGCCCUCAAGGCGCUGCUGGAACAGAAAUAA